CACGUACAAAACAUAAAAUGUAAUGGGAUUGCCUUUGCCUGCUAAAACGUGGAUCGUAUGACAUGAACUGAUUGUUGAAAGGACUUAUGGUUUAUCUGUCUCAAAUCUUACGUGUCAUUCGACGUGUAUUUACGAUGAAUAAAUACCAAUCGAGUCUAUAGAAAUACGUGGGAAAUAAUGUCUUUCAAAACGCUUGCAGGUAAGCUUAAAACACCAUUUUUCAAAUAUAUUUUUUAAAUAUUUAUUUUAGAAAUACUUUUUUGCCUGUGAAAAAAAAAGAUUGAGUAAAGGAGAGAAAAAAAUGACGUGUCAAUGUUUACAGCAAUGACGUCAUACAAGUUGUUUUACUUUAUUCAUUUUCAGCAUACGUUUUAAAGAGGACCGUAGACUUCAAGAAAAGCCAAAUAAUAUUAAGAGGUAUACGCCAUCUUUUUGUCAUAUUUCUGAAAUUAUAUUAUUUGUCAGGUAAAUGUACAUUUGAAUUAAAAUGUUUGAUUACGAAAACAGUUUGUUAAUUCAACACCUCUGCGGUUCUCAUUUAUUAUUUUAAAACGAUUUUUUUAUAUUGCCCAGGUGUUCUAAUACUAUACUCGUGGAUGGGGGCCAUAGGAGGAACUUUCGAAUCGAUUAAGUUUGAAAAAAUUACACCUCAGCACUGCGGGCCUCAACGUUUGAACUCUGGCUGGGUGGACAAGUCAAGGUCAUCGUGCGCUGCCAGAUGUUUGGCCAGGUAAUUGGAGAAACGAAUACUUUUUUUUUUUAAACAGGGAUCCGCAAUAAAUAACCAGCGGGCCUGAUCCAGCCCGCCUGAUCCAGCCCGCCAGGUGUACUUAAACCAUUCCGAAAAGCUGACAUACUAUGGUGGCGAAGUUGUGAACCUAUACGAUGGUGGUAAAUUUGUUAACUGGUACUAUGGUGGUAAAGUUGUGAACUGGUACUAUGGUGGUAAAGUUGUUAACUGGUACUAUGGUGGUAAAGUUGUUAACUGGUACAAGGGUGGUAAAGUUGUUAACUGGUACUAUGGUGGUAAAGUUGCUGACUAGUACUGUGGUACUAAGGUUGUUUAACAGUAAUGUGGCACUAAUGUUCAUAACGGGCACUAUGGUAAUAAAGUUGCUGAUAUAUUCACAAUGAGACUACACAUUUUUCACCCCCCCCCUUUUCCUACAACUUUGAUUCGAAUUUGUUAAAGAAGGCAUUUUUACGAUUGCCAGAGUAUGCUUCUUUACCGAGUACAGUGAAUGUUUUGUAGGGGCUGAUGUUACUCCUCGCAUUGAAGAAAGGAGAGGAAAAUGUCCAGCAUCACUAAUAAAACCUAAAAAAAACGGCGCUCUAUUUUUUUGUUGGCAUUCGACGAAAGCGAUGACGUGGGUGAUUCUGAACGAUUUCUCAUUUUCAUUCGUUGGAUAAAUGAUUAUUUCGCAGACAUGGAGGAGAGUGUUACCCUGAGAGCCAUCAAAUGCACAGCUUGAGGGCAUAUCUAGGAGAAGUUAACCGAACUGUGAAGGGCUGUAUGGGGCUAACAUAGCCAGCGUGGCAAGUGAUAGUGCUCCUCAUAUGUCUGGCUAAAUGGGAGUGAUUGGACGCAUUAACCAACACCGCCAUUGGCAUCCAUUAGCCGUACGGCGCCCCAACCAUCUACACGUACUGUUUUGUAAAUCACCGAAGACUGACUCUGUCGUGAAAAUCGUCACAUUUCUUUGUUUACUUUAUAAUAACUGCUCAUGCGCAGACAGUUUCUGGCAUUUCCGUAUGAACUAAUGUUUGCCUAUGAAGAGAUGCCGUACCACACGGUAGUCCAUUUUCUGAUGCGAUAAAGAGUUAACAAAAUUUUUAUGACUCCCGUCCACAGGUUUUCUGGUUUGUAUUCUUGCAAAUAUCCUAUUUACAAAAUUGAAAUCGCUGCACCACAGAAUUGUGACUCGCUGAAAAACAAAUAUUUCCACCAUUUGGUAAAAUGGUUCUUAAUUGUAAAAUAAAUUAAUUAGACAAUAUUUGUGUAAAUUAAACAAUAUAUGUUCAGCUUUAAUGAUGAGUUUACAAAAUACAAAUGGAAGCGUUUCGGCACAAAAAAAAAACAACAUUUAAAUAUUUAUAAAUGAAUAUAUAUUUACAUGUAUUCUUUAAAGCUUUACCAAAGUCCAACACUCGUAUAAUUUUAUUAAUUGUAAAUAUUAUAUUGAUUUUUCCUGUUUUUUUGUAAAACUUACAAAUUUGAUCAAGGCAGUGGUCUUAUGCACUCCUUUAUAUUUUCCCCACCUAUACUUCUCACCCCGACACAAACACGCUGCUCCUGAAAAAAAAAAAAAAAAGUUUCAAAACCCCUGAUUUAUGAAUUCAAUCGCCGUGCGCUUACAACAUUUUUUGCUUUUUUUUACCCCCCCCCCCCCCUGUCCACUUUUGUCCCCUUUUUGCUGAACCCCCCCCCCCCUCCCCCUUUUGUGUGGACGUCUUUUAUGGAUGACCCCUUAGGUGAUUUAUUCCAUUCUACUCACACUUGUCGAUUGUCACGUGACAUGUUAUAUGGAAGUAAAUAAGCGGGUCUAUUGUGUAGAAACGUUUUUGUAGUUAACACGAGGACAAAAGUUAAAAGUGUACAAAAUUAAAUAAAAUCAUGUUUAGUCUUUUUAGUGAAUACUCAUGCUAUUUAUAUUUCAGAUUUGGCACAUGUCACGGGUUUAUGUACAACGAGGUCACUAAACUGUGUACGCCAUCCUCUGGUCUAAGUGCUGAACAGUCAACACCGUCAAAAGCGGAAGGGGAUUUUUACUUUAGCGACAGCUGUCAAUCAUAUCCUGAUUUUCGGUCAGUUAUUUGACAAAUUAUUCUCCGAUAAUCAAACUUUUUUAUUUUUGCGUGUCUGUUCAUAUUCGCAGGUUUACUUUGAAUGUGUUUUAUAAACCUUAUUUUUUUUUUUUUUUUUUUUUUUUUUUUUUUUUUUUUUUCAUUUAAAUUUUUUCCAUUUUUUUUUUUAUUUUUUAUUUAUUUUUUUUUUUUUUUUUUUUUUUUUUUUUUUUUUUUUUUUUUUUUUUUUUUUUUUUUUUUUUUUUUUUUUUUUUUUUUUUUUUUUUUUGGUGAUCGACAAUAAAACUUCGCCAAGCUUUGAAUUCAUUUAUAUUUAAUGUUUUUUUUUAAAAAAAUGAAAAAUAUUUUGGAUUAAUUCGUAAAUUUCAGAACUUUGAAAAAAAUUCUUUUGGAUAAAUAAAUACUGGUGGGGUGGUAAGCCCGGGUGUCACUUUUUAUCUAGAGUUAAUGCAUUAUUCGACAACUGCAGACUUUGUAUCGUGAUUGGAAGAGCGGCAAAAAUAUGUGGCUCCCAUGGCAGCACUAAUACUAACUAAGCCACUAUGCAGUGUCUCAAUCGGCACCAAAGUUGGCGAUCUCUUUGAUGGGGAAGUGGGGAAGAAAUCGAGGGCGUUGAAGAAUCUUGAGCAGAGGAGUGAAAAUUUUUGACUGUUUUAAAAUCAAGAGGUGCAUUUUGGAGUAUUCUUGAAUUUAAUAUAUCUAUAAGAUUUUUUUUUAUCGGAGGAAGGAAUUUUCAAUGUUCUGGGGAAGGCAUUAUGGCGCCCAGUGACAUACAUAAACUGAAUUCACUCCGUUUGUUGCGUGCCCCAGGGUAAUAAUUUGGCAAAGCUAAUAGGGAACCCCAUUCUGAAAAAAAUUGAUCGGUGUGAGUGAAGGGGGUGCAGAAAUUGAGGGCGCUGAAGACAUUUGGGAAAAUUCAAAAUGUAGGAGGAAAUUUUGGCGCAUAUUUAAAUUCGGUGUUUCUUUCAGACCAUUCUGAGGUGGCGUUUCAAAAUUUCGGGUUAGAAACGCCAAAAUCGGCCAUAAUAAUGAUCAGUACGAUACUUAUAAUCGAAGAGCGUAAGCAUCUGACACGAUUAGCCUUAAAUCUACGGAUCAUCCAAUAGAUCGUGCCAAGCGACAUGUUUAUAGGCUGCACUAAAUGCAAUCCGUUAAGGGCACCAGUUACUGCUGUUUUUUUAUAAAACAAUAAUAAAAAUGAACAUUUAGUAAAGUUUAACGACAAUAUAUUUUCCUUUUAUUCUUAUGGAUAUUUUUCUAGAGGGGGGGGGGACGCUGGUACCCAAUACCACUUUAGAAAUAAGCACUCCCAGGAUUUAAGUAGUCAACACAUCUGAGGAAACCUUCGCAAGAGGACGCCAGAUCCCCAUAUAUGCGUUGGCCAAACCGUAGGAUCAUGCAACGCCCCCGGGAAUACACCCCAUUUUUUUUUUGGUAAGGUCUAAUUAAAAGGAGGCUACCACAUUGGUGUUCCUGUGGCAGCCAGGGGGUUUACAAAUUGGAAGAAACAUCUGGGGGGGGGGGGGGGGUUCCGCUUUGGGGCAAACCGCCCCCCCCCCCAGCAAAAGGGAAUUUCAGGGGGGCUCAUGAGAGCUUCGGCUCGAGUUGCUAACGUCAUUCCUCACGAACGAUUUUCAGUGUAUAAAAAUUUCCGGGUAAAUUAUUUUUUAAAAACUCACUGAAAUUUUCUCUUAAAUAUUCAUUUUUUUUUUUUAGUUAGUUUCUUAUAUAAGCAGGAAGUUGCUUAUUUUAAGCACAUGUGAUGAUGUUCGGUAGCAUGAAGAAUCAUUUUUAAAAUUUUUUUAAAAGUGUUUUUAAAUGCAUUUUACUUUUCAUUCUUGAAAAUGUUUCCUCAAGGUAAGUUUCUUAUAAUGCUUUCAACUUUCACAAGUCAAUAGACUUGAUUCUGUAUUGAGAUGAGAUGGAAUUUCUAUUGUAAAUAAAUAUUUAAUUUAAUAUAAAUAAUAUUUAAAUGUAAAACAGUUUCAGAUAAAGAGUAAAGUUCCGGUUAAUUUGAUGGGCCGUUAACUAGUAUUUCAUUUACCUGUAUUCUAUAAUCAUACACAGUUUACUCUGUUUUUUUACAACGAAUUUUAAUCAAAUAAAACGUCAAUAAACACAAUUAAAACGCCAUCAGUUUUAAAAAAUGAAAUCAUUCUAAAAAUUGUAGUUGGACAGAGGGAUUUUUAUAAGCUAUCCAAUCAGGGGCGGAGUUAGGGGGUGUGGACCGCAUCGGGUGAAAACCAUCUCAAGGGUGACAUCAAAUUGAAAAAUUGAAUAUUUCAAAAGCAUGCACAUCUCGGUCUAAAAAUGUCUCAUUAAAGAUUAAUCGAUCACACGUUAAUUUCCCACACAUGUACCAAUCAGAAAAGCUUGCUUUAUUAAAAGUUCAAGGUAGAUGUGUCUGAAAUAAGGUGACGCUAUAAUUAGGUCAGAAAGCACAUUUUUAAACAUACUUCAACGCCGAUUGAAGUGUUUGGUAACUUUCGUAAGUGACAGGAAGCUAUAUUUAUAGAAAUUUUGAGAAACAAAGCUUUCCAUUGAUACCAACUUCGAUGUGGUCGGGCGAUGCUAAAUAAAUGAAUCGAAUCGGUAACAAUUAAAAACAUUUUAAAUUUUUUUUUAACCCAUUUAUAGGGUUAACAAAAUAAUAUUCUACAAAAUUUUAUGAUAUCUUUUAAUAAUUUAUAAAUUUUUUAAAAAGUUUUUUAAAAUCAAAAAUUAAUAUUUUAGCCAUUAGUACCGCCCCUUAACAUUUGAGCAUGAUUGUCAAAGAGCACAGGGUCUUUUACUUGCUGUCUGUGAUUUCACGUUUCUCUGCUACCUUUAACUAUUGGCUGAUCUACUUGAAGAAGUUAAUCAUACACAGUAGUAUCUGCAAACAAAAGGAUUUACUCUCGACAAAAUGGUAAACAACCUAAAGGCCUUAAGAUUGUUUCUGCACGAGAAACUCUGUCACUUGGUGGAACAUGCUAUUGAAAAGGCACUUUUAAAAUCAGACCAAUAUUGAAUUUUGGUAGCGAGAAGAUUAAGGUUUAAGAAGAGAAUGGCAGGAGAAAAUAUUAAUAGAUGCCGGACUCACUCACUCACUCACUCACUCACACUCUCUCUCUCUCUCUCUCUCUCUCUCUCUCUCUCUCUCUCUCUCUCUCUCUCUGCGAGAAGAAAACAUUAGGGAGAUGCUGGAGUGUAUUGAUUGCUUUCAUUGUGAACCCCAGAUCAGUUAUUGAAAAGGCACUUUUAAAAUCACACCAAUAUUGAAUUUUGGUAGCGAGAAGAUUAAGGUAUAAGAAGAGAAUGGCAGGAGAAAAUAUUAAUAGAUGCCGGACUCACUCACUCACUCACUCACUCACACUCUCUCUCUCUCUCUCUCUCUCUCUCUCUCUCUCUCUCUCUCUCUCUCUCUCUCUGCGAGAAGAAAACAUUAGGGAGAUGCUGGAGUGUAUUGAUUGCUUUCAUUGUGAACCCCAGAUCAGAUUAUCAGUGAUAAAGGAAGUAGCAGAUAUGUUUGGGGCUAUUCAACCCAAGGGCCUAGUAUCAGCAAGUGAAGAAGAGUUAUUGGUGUCCGUUCCAAAAUUAACCUCUUUUUAUGACUAGUUAUCAGAAGCUCAAUUUUUUUUUUAAUUCACCAAGGCUUAAAAGACACCUAAAGGCAACUGAUAUUGAAUUUAACAACUUCAUGGACUGGUCAGUGUUUGAUGUUUUGAAAUUCAUAGCUGAAUGGGACAUCCUAGAAUCUCUUCCAAUACUCUAGCUAGGCCUUCAAAUGUUUCUUACGAUCUGUGUUUGUCAGUUGCUGAAUGUGAGCGGAAAAUUUAAAACUAAGUCUUACCAAGAACUACUUACUUGAGAUAGUCAAGGCUUUCUGAUUUGGCUCUCCAAUCAAUUGAAAGUGAUACAGUGAAAGUCAUUGAUUUCUGAUCUGGCUCUCCAAUCAAUUGAAAGUGAUACAGUGAAAGUCAUUGAUUUCUGAUCUGGCUCUCCAAUCAAUUGAAAGUGAUACAGUGAAAGUCAUUGAUUUCUGAUCUGGCUCUCCAAUCAAUUAAAAGUGAUACAGUGAAAGUCAUUGAGUUCUGAUCUGGCUCUCCAAUCAAUUAAAAGUGAUACAGUGAAAGUCAUUGAUUUCUGAUCUGGCUCUCCAAUCAAUUGAAAGUGAUACAGUGAAAGUCAUUGAUUUCUGAUCUGGCUCUCCAAUCAAUCGAAAGUGAUACAUUGAAAGUCAUUGAUUUCUGAUUUGGCUCUCCAAUCAAUUGAAAGUGAUACAGUGAACGUCAUUGAUUUCUGAUCUGGCUCUCCAAUCAAUUAAAAGUGAUACAGUGAAAGUCAUUGAUUUUGAUCAAAUGCUUGACAGGUUUGCAGCCUUGAAGACACGUCAAGGAAAAUGUUUGAUAAAGUAAAUUUCAUGAAAAAAUAACUAUAACUUAACGUUGUUACAGUUCUUAAAUACUUAACACUCCUGACCCUCAAUUAGUCUAUUUUUGCUCUUGUCAUUGCCGUACUCUGGAAUUAUUUAACACGAAGAAAUCCAUCGUGGAAGUCGGGUGACGGGGAUACACCAUGAGGUUACCGCACCGGUCGACACCAACCCUAGUUACGCCAAUGUAUCCAAUCAUCAUUCAGUGUGGGUAAAAAGGACAUUUUAGUAUGUUGACCUUCAUUCCACAAGCUACAUCUUCAAGUGAACUUAAUACAGAACAUUGAUACUUUUAAAGAUUCCGUUGUCAUUUAAACAACGUAUUUAUUUAUUUUUAUAAUGAGCCCAUAUUCACUAUCUCAUCUGAUUAGGAAUUGGCAAUUAUGUUUUCUCAGGGGAAAAUAUAGCUUCUAAAUGUGUAUCUCAUUAUUUUUUUUACCGUGGUUGUUGUUUCAUUUCCAGCACCAAGUACAACCAAUCCACCCAAGCCCACGUCGCUUACUACUCCAGCCCUCCAGUCAACUACACCAACGCGAAGGCGGCCUGCGAGUGCAUGAACUCCCAUCUUUAUGUAGCGAACACCUUGGAGAAAUGGUGGCUCAUCAAUGCCAUAGUGAACAUCGACCAUCAUGUCUUUAUUGGUCUGGAUGACAUGGCUCAAGAGAAUAAAUUUGUCUGGGCAGACAGCCAUCAGGAGAUUUCUAGCGCGUUGAAGAUUGCGAUGUUUUAUCUAGGUCAACCAGAUGAUUCGGGGGGCCAGGACUGUGUAUGGAAAAAACCUCACAACGUUCUGUUAGAUGACGUAAAAUGUUCAGAACCCGCGGGCUACAUCUGUGAGAAAACUCUUUGUUGAAUUUCUUUUUUUUACAAUGAAAUAAAAAAGUUUAAAAGUUUGUCAUAAAUCUGCACGUAUCAGUAGAAUUGAUUUAUGUUAAUAUAUGUCUUGCUUCCAAAACAAGGUAUUCAAUGCUGCAAGG